AUGCAUCUGAUCUACUAUGCAAGUAGAACCUUGAGCGGCGCCCAACUGAACUACACAGUGAUAGAGAAAGAGAUGCUAGCUAUGGUGUUUGCAUUUGAUAAGUUCAGGUCAUACCUGAUAGGCUUAAAGGUAAUUGUUUACAUUGACCAUGUUGCCCUCAGGCUUGAAGAAGCGGAAAAGAAGGUUGAGGUGGAGGAGAUCAUGGAGACUUUCCCAUAUGAACAACUGUUAGCAACGAGGCUCGAGGAUACACCAUGGUAUGCAAAUAUUGCAAAUUACCUAGCAAGCGGUAUUGUUCCCUAUGACUUGUCUUCUGUGCAAAAGAAAAAGUUUUUCAGUGAUCGUCACAUGUAUUUUUGGGAUGAACCAUAUUUGUUCAGGAUUUGUCUUGAUAACAUGAUUCGGAGAUGCAUUCCCGAGAUAGAUCAAUCUUCUAUUUUGCAGGCAUGUCAUGCUUCACCGUAUGAAGGACAUUUUGGAGGUGUAAGGACAACGGCUAAAAUGUUGGAGUCAGGUUUUUAUUGGCCGACGUUGUUUAAAGAUGCACACUUCUGUGUAGAAGCCAUGAAACUUCCAACAAAUGACGCGAAGGCAGUUAUUGGUUUCCUGAGAAAGAACAUCUUCACCCGAUUUGGCACUCCAAGAGCUAUCAUCAAUGAUGGGGCACCCACUUCUGCAACCGAGCCUUUGCAAAGUUGUUGGAGAAAUAUGGUGUUCGCCAUAAAAGGAAUCAAGAGUGUUUUGACCAAAACUGCAAAUGCUACUCGGACUUAUUGGGCGAGAAAAUUGGAUGAUGCACUAUGGUCUUACCGCACUGCAUUCAAAUCUCUGAUUGGUAUGUCGCCGUAUAAAUUGGUGUUUGGAAAGGCAUGUCACUUGCCGGUGGAGUUAGAGCAUAAAGCCUUUUGGGUGUUGCAGCAAUUAAAUCUGGACGUGGAGGCCGCUGGAACUAGUAGAGUCACAGCGCUGCAUGAACUUGACGAGUUUCGGUACCACACUUUUGAGAGUACGAUGUUAUACAAGGAAAGAAUGAAACUGGUGCACGACAAAAACAUUCUUGAGCAAAAUUUUAAGCCGGGAGACAGGGUAUUAUUAUUCAAUUCGAGAUUGAGGUUGUUUCCGGGAAAAUUGAAGUCAAGAUGGUCAGGACCAUUUUGUGUGCUAGAGAUUCAUCCCACCGGAGCCAUAGAGAUUGCUUCAGAAGAUGGAUCUCGCAAGUUCAUAGUCAAUGGGCACAUGUUAAAAUAUUAUCUGGGCAUGGAUGACACGAAAGUAGUGUCGGUGACUCAUUUGCUAGAGCCACCAAAGUUAAGAGAGCCUUAA